AUGACUGAAUUGAAACUGUUUCGAUGGAAAUCGGUCCGAUGCAAGCUGUUUCAAUCCAAAGCGCGGAAGAAGAGCCAUGAUACUAAGAGAUAUAAAGAAAAGGUGGAGAAAUCAGAUAUCCAGCAGUCUACAUUGGAUCACUCCAACAGAGAUGAAUCUAGGGCCCUACUCCCGGAGCCUCAUCCAAAGACGGAUCAUUCCAGGGCUGACCGAUCAAUAAAUGACCGGUAUGGCCUUGAGUGGCAUCAUGGCGAGGCAAUCUGGACAGCAACACCAGAUAUCAACGCCAUCAAGGCACUGGUAGCCCGGUAUACAAUGGGCCAAAGAGACGACCGUGACAUCUUUGAUAGCAGAAUUGUCGAUGCGUCUGACAUCCGCGUAAAAUUCUACGGGAAUAGCGGGUACUACAAGCUGUACUUGGUCUCCUCACCAAGACUUGAGAAGAAGUACAUAUUCCGGGCAACGCUGCCCGUGGAGCCGUUCUAUAAAACAGAAAGCGAGGUUGCCACGAUGGCGUUUAUCCGCAAGUAUACGGCGCUCCCUGUUCCCCGUGUCAUUCACUAUUGCUCUUCAGCAUCCAACCCCUUAAAGUUCGAGUGGAUUCUGCAGGAACACGUGGAAGGGACUGCUUUAUCAGAGACCUGGGAUGGUAUGCCGUUCCAUGCCGAAGCCGAGUUUGCUGUUCAGAUGCAGCGGCAGAUGCAGUUGUUGCAGGACUUUGAUUUCGCCUGGUUAGGGAAUCUGUACUACUCGCGAUGCAAAGACAGGGUCAACGGACAGCCCGCCGAGUGGCUGCGAGUGUCGGAUGGUCAGGAACAGAACGACCCUGACUUUGUGAUCGGCCGUAUCGUGUCGCCCUGGUCGUUUGAGGAGAAACGCCGAGAUAUGAGGGCUGAUCGUGGUCCAUUCACUAGUAGCCCGCGUCUCUUGCUCGCCAAAGCUGAGCUCCAAUAUGAAUGCCUCAAGCACCUUGACUCCAGUUCAAUAGACCAGGAGCUACCGAGCUCUCAGUCUAAGCUGCGGGAAUUGUACCAUUCGAUAAGGGCUGCGGAGGGCAGUACAUAUACUCGUGAAAAUGAACACCGAGUCCUCCACCAUAUCGACCUCUCUGACCGUGAUAUUAUCGUCCAAAGCGACCCCAGCUCCUCCAAUCCAAUACAGCUCUCCGGUAUCAUCAACUGGGAGUCUGUGGGAACCGUUCCGUCCUGGCAAGUAGACUUCCCUCAUUUUCUACAAGGCCCAUCAGAGAGCGAACUGCAGAGUCGAUGGCGGCCGUUUAUGAGCGCUUCUGCCAGCGAGGCUCUUAUGAAGGACAAUCAGAAAGCUGAGCUUCGGCGCAUCUAUGGAGAUCCAUUGCGGCCAGCUCUUGUUGGUAAGAUGCCUCAGAAUUUAAUCGAGUGCGCCGAGACUCUCGAGCAGUAUCCAUGGCAUAAUGCUGUUUGA